UCUACAUAAAAUUCCCAGAGGAAAAUGACAGCAGGAAAUCACUCUACAGUGACCGAGUUCAUCCUCGCUGGGCUAACAGAGAAACCAGAACUCCAGCUUCCCCUUUUCUUCCUCUUCCUAGGAAUCUAUGUGGUCAUGGUGGUGGGGAACCUGGGCAUGAUCACGCUGAUAGGACUCAGUGCUCACUUGCAUACCCCCAUGUACUACUUCCUCAGUAGCUUGUCCUUCAUUGAUCUCUGCCAUUCCACUGUCAUUACCCCCAAAAUGUUGGUGAACUUUGUGACAGAGAGAAAUUUUAUCUCCUACCAAGCAUGCAUGACUCAGCUCUACUUCUUCCUUGUAUUUGUUAUAUCAGAAUGUCACAUGUUGGCUGCAAUGGCAUAUGACCACUAUGUUGCCAUCUGUAACCCAUUGCUUUACAAUGUCACCAUGUCUUAUCAGGUCUGCUCUGGGAUGGUAGUUGGGGUAUAUAUCAUGGGCUUGACUGGUGCCACAGCUCACACUGGCUGCAUGUUAAGAGUGCUUUUCUGCAAAGCUGAUAGGAUCAACCAUUACUUCUGUGAUCUCUUCCCACUCCUGGAGCUUUCCUGCUCCAGCACUUACAUUAAUGAGGUGGUGGUUUUGUGUUUCAGUGCAUUUAAUAUCCUUGCCCCCAGCCUGAUGAUCCUUAGCUCCUACGUCUUCAUCCUCUCCAGCAUCCUCCGCAUCCACUCCACUGAAGGCAGGUCCAAAGCCUUCAGCACCUGCAGCUCGCACAUCUCAGCUGUGGCUGUCUUCUAUGGAUCUGCUGCCUUCAUGUACUUGCAGCCAUCAUCUGUGGGAUCAAUGGACCAAGGGAAAGUGUCCUCUGUAUUUUAUACCAUCAUUGUGCCCAUGCUGAACCCCCUGAUCUAUAGUCUGCGGAAUAAGGAUGUUAAGGUUGCCCUAAAUAAGAUCCUUGAAAAAAGAAGAAAAGAGGUAUUUUGCCUGACCAAAAAUUUAUAA